UCUGGGAGUUGAGGUCUGGGGCCUAUUUGCCCAAGUUAGUGAUAGGGGCCUGCGGAAACAUGAAGAGGGUAAAUAGCUGUGUGAAGAAUGAAGAGCAUGUCCUGGAAGAGCUGGAGACAGAAGGGGAGAGGCAGCUGAAGAGCCUCCUUCAACAUCAACUGGAUACCUCUGUCUCCAUUGAAGAAUGUGUCUCUAAGAAAGAGAGCUUUGCCCCAGGUACUAUGUACAAGCCCUUUGGGAAGGAAGCAGCUGGGACAAUGACUUUGUCCCAGUUCCAGACACUACAUGAAAAAGACCAGGAAACUGCUUCUCUCAGGGAACUAGGGCUCAAUGAAACAGAAAUAUUGAUCUGGAAAAGCCAUGUUUCAGGUGAAAAGAGGACAAAGCUGAGGGCAACUCCUGAAGCAAUACAGAAACGGCUUCAAGAUAUUGAAGAAAGGAUCUCAGAGCGCCAGCGCAUCCUUUGCCUGCCACAGAGGUUUUCAAAGAGCAAACAGCUGACCCGGCGAGAAAUGGAAAUUGAAAAGUCUUUAUUUCAGGGAACUGAUCGUCACUCCUUCCUUAAGGCUCUUUAUUACCAAGCAUACCACAAAAAGACAAGUGCAGACAAGUACAUGACCUCAAUGAAGAGGAAGAUAAAAUUAGGCACAAAAGAUGAACCCCCAAAGAAGAACAAAGGUGAUCCCAUGAACAACCUGGAAGGUUUUUACCACGAGACUAUAAUGAAAAAACGUCUUGAAGAGUUCCAACUUAUGAGAGGUGAACCCUUUGCUUCCCACUCACUGGUCUCAGCUACAUCAGUGGGUGAUAGUGGCACAGCUGAGAACCCAUCACUCCUCCAGGACAAGGGAAAACAGGCAGCACAGGGUAAAGGCCCCAGUCACCAUGUUGCAAAAGUUAUUGAUUUUCCACCUGAGCAGUAUUGGACUGGGCGUAAGAAGCUGACGCAACCAAUAGAAUUUAUCCCUGAAGAUGAGAUCCAGAGAAGCCGUUUGUCAGAGGAGGAGAUCCGAAACAUCCCUAUGUUUUCUUCAUAUAACCCAGGGGAACCAAACAAGGUGCUAUACCUGAAGAACCUUAGUCCUCAGGUGAAAGAAAGAGACCUUGUCUCAUUAUUCGCUCGGUUCCAGGAGAAAACAGGACCACCCAUUCAGUUCCAAAUAAUGACUGGACGCAUGAGGGGACAGGCUUUCAUCACCUUUCCCAAUAAAGACAUAGCAUGGCAAGCAUUGCAUCAAAUAAAUGGAUAUAAACUCCAUGGGAAAAUAUUGGUGAUAGAGUUUGGAAAGAACAAAAAGCAACAGUCAGUUGUCCAGGGUGCUUCCCUUAUAACAUCUGCUACAAAUAGGAGUGCAGAAAUCAGUGGUUGCUAGAGUGCAUAUCAACACAUUUGGGUAUAUGUAUGUGUCUAAACAUACACACUGAUCUUUCUUUCAUCAUAAUCUAAGAUCUAGGAUAUGUAUAUACAUAGAAAUUUGUUUAAAAAUUAAGAGGAAAUAUUAGACAGUAAUUAAGACAGUGGCUCUCAGCAUUUAGAGAGAACUGGUAGAAAUAUUUUCCAUGAUUAAGUACUAUAUAGUCUAGAAAAGACUAUAUAAAAUUGACACUAUCCUGAGUAUUAAAGAUAAUAAUCAAGCACUUUAUAGGGCAGAUAAUACCCUGAACAUUAAGAUUAUAUGAAAACCUUUAAUUCUCAGGAUAUAUUACACAGGAAGUUCUUUAAUUUAAUGUUUAGUCCUAGAGAUAACACUUUUUCUGGGACUGUUUCCUAUAUACAAAGAUUUAAAACUAAUUCAGUGUUAAAAUAUUUAUUUACUAGAACUCACUGUGUUUUGUCUGAACUUUCAACAGUUACAGUAGGUAGAUUUAUGAGUUUAUCCACUUUUUUUUUUUAGUCUUUCCAGACAGGGUUUCUCUGUGUAGUUUUGGUGCCUGUCCUGGAUCUCACUCUGUAGACAAGGCUGGCCUCGAACUCAUAGAGAUCCACCUGGCUCUGCCUCCUGAGUGCUGGGAUUAAAGGUGUACGCCACCACCACCUGGCUUUAUCCACAUAUUUAAUGAUUGCUUCCACAUUAAAUUUUCAGAGUCCUCAAAAAGAUAUUGACAUAUUUUAAACCAAAAUAUUGGUAAUCUCAUAAUACUAUUGAAUUCAAAACAAUAGACAUUAAACAUGGAGUAACUGCCUAAUAUAUAUUAAACAUUAGGUGUAUGAACUUUCGAGAGGGAACAAAUUAGCAAAGAAUACUAAAAGGACAAAGAAAGAAAGUUCUAUACUUUAGAAGAUAGGCAUCCUGCCUCAAAUCCCCUAGUGAUUUGUUUAUAGUUAUUGAAGAAUAGAAACACAAUAUAGUAUAGACGAGAUAGUACCAGCUUUGGAGUCAGACCUAUGAUCUUCAUAGUCACACAUGUUACCACCCUUAACUUCAAAAGUCACUUCACCUGAGCCUCAUUUAUCUCAUCUAUAAAGUAGCGUCAUAGUGCUACUUACCUCACUGAGUAAGGGUUAAAUGAGAUUCUGUUAUCCAAGGGAAAAAAUGAAGGACAUAUGGGAAACUCCACUAAGUUCAUCAAACAAUAUAUAAUAAGAAUUCUGUUUAAAAAGGAAAGAAAGUAAAUUGUGUAAAAAUACUGCAAGAGGACCAGCAAAAAUGACUUAGUGGGUAAAGACACUCGCCACCAAUCAUGAAGACCUGAAUUCAAACCCUAAGACCUACAUGAUAGAAGGAGAGAACCAAUUCCAGUAAGUUGUCUCUGGCCUCCAGAAAUAUGCUAUGGCAUGUGUACUCCCACAUGUGUAUGUCUAAAAAUACACAUAAAUAAAUAUUUCAAAUUGAGCGAGAAAGAUUUAGCCAUUGUGAAAGCCAUGCAAACCCCAGCUGCAUUGUAAUAAAAUACUGAAAAUUCAAGAGACAGAAAAUCAUGACAAUAACCAAAGAAAACUGAAAUAUUAUUUAUCAUGAAACUCUAAGUGGAUUAACAAUUAACUUCUCAUCAGAAAUAGGGAUGGUAGCCAGGGCCCAUUCUUGUACUUUCAGCUAUUCAGGAGGCUGAGGCAGGAGGAUCCGUUGAGCCCUAAUUCAAAACCAGCCUGUGUAAAGCAGUGGAACCCUGUCUCAAAAACUAAAACCAAGAAAAAGUGACAUAAUUAAGAUCUCAGAAACAGUGGAGGUCACAGUGAAAGGUAAAAUAUCGCCCACAUAAGUUUUAAAAGCUGGAGAAUGUGUUGCCAGCAGACCACACAAGACAUGCAAAAGGACCCUUGUCAAGCUAGAAGCAAGUGACCUUCAAGAAUAAUUUGAAUCUGUACUUAGAAUAGACAAAGGGGGUUGUGUGACUAUAAAAGAUAAUCUUGAAUACUUUUUCCUUUAUUCCGUUAACUAAUUAUUUAUUUAUUUUUGGUUCUUAGAGGCAGGGUUUCUCUGUGUAGCCCUGGCUGUCCUGGAACUUGCUCUGUGGACCAGGCUGGCCUCAAACUCAGAGAUCUACCUGCCUCUGCCUCCCCAGUGCUGGGAUUCUGUUAACUAAUUUUUAAAAGUUCUAUUAAGUUGUAUAUAAUUGCAUUGUAUUUCCUGUAACAUAAAAGUCAAUGUAUUUGCCAAUAACAGACAAAGAAGGUGGAAAAAAUGCUUAUUUUACUAAAAAAAUAGCAUAAAUUCAUAGGAACAGAUAAAACAAAGGAGAAAUAAGGUGGCUAAUUUUAGAAAGCUGUAAACAAUUCAGCUUCUUACAAAUAGCAACAUUGCAUUAAUUGAUAAUUGUAAUGAAUUUUUAGCCCUGCAACAUGUAGAAAUAGUCUGCAUAGCUGUCAUGCCCCAACCUCUGAGGAAAAGGAAACAAAAAUACCACUAGAGAUAAAGAUCCAUAUUUAUUGUUAAAAAGGUCAAUCUUUUAAGAUGUGACAAUUUUAAUCAUAUUUUUAUAAUAACAGAGCUCCAAAACAACCUGAAGCAAGGCAGCAAAGUCAAGAACGAAGGGAGAAUAGACACAUCUCUGAAAAGGUGGAAUACUCAGUGUUUCAUCUCUACUAGAAGGAGUGCUGCACAGAUGCUAAACAAGGAAGUAGAAUACUUCAACACUAUGAGCUGAGUAGAUCUGAAAAACAGCUAUAGAACAGUCUACCUACAAGACGAGAAUACAGAUUUUAUCCCAUGCAUAUGAAACAUCUUUAGGCUAGAUCAUGAGCUAAACCACAAAACAGGCCUUAAUAAAUACAAAUAGACUGAAGUAAUGUACAACAUGCCCUCUGACCACCUGGAAGGAAGUUCGAAAUCAGUAACAAUCAAUUGGGAAACUCACAAAUAUGUGGAAAUUAGUCUCACUUCAAUAGCAAGUAGGUCAAUAAAGAAACAAAAGAAAGGCUGGAGAGAUGGCUCUGGGUAAGAGUGCUUGCUGCUCUUGCAGAGGACCUGAGUUUGAUUCUCAGUACCUUCAUUUUAUCUGUGUGGGAAGUGUUUAGAGAUAAGCCUCUUUAAUGAGAAAAAAGAUCAGCAGUAAUUCGGUUUAUAUUUUAAGCUGUAGGAAAAGAGUAGCAAACUAUACCUAGAACAAACAAACAAAAAAGCAUGCAAAAUAAAAAGAGUUGAAUACAAUAGAAAAAAGCAAUGAGCCUAAGCAAGAAACUGGCAAACUUUUUGCUAGACAUUGCAGAAAAAGGUAGAUUAAUUAUUAGAAUGAGAAAUAAAAAAAGGAGGGGUAUUGCUACUUAACUUUGGGAAAUAGAAGGUGUGUGAGGGAAUACUGUUAUACUUGUGUUUCAGUAAAUUAACCUACCCAAAAUGAACAAAUUCCUAGAAAGAUAAAGUACCAACAACAAAAUAUAGGAGAUCAGAAUAGACAUAAUAACUAAUAGGUUAAAUAAGCAGCAAGAAAGAGACCCAUAAAGAAAAGCCCAGACCUAAAUUGCUUUUUAUUUGAAUUCUACUAAAUGUUUAAUGAAAUAGUAGUCCAAUUUCUUCACAAGCUGUUUCAAAAAAAAAAAAAAAACACAAAACAAAAACAGGGAACACUUCCGAGAUACUGCUACAACGUGGAAGAAUCCUGAGAAUAUGUUCAGUGAGAGAAGCCAGUCACUGCUGAUAGCUAAUUGCAGGAUUCCAUGUAUAUGUAGAUAAAGUGUCCAGAAUUGGUAAUACCCUAUAUAGGGUAGAUAGGGAUGACUAGAGUGGAUGGGGAUGCUUUGCAAGUAGAUGAAAAUGUUCAUAAAUCACAUUAAUGGUUGUAUAAUGAUGAAUAUACCAAGUGGAUGGAUUUUGUGGAAUAUGAAUUAAAUCUCAGUGAAACUCACAAAAAUAGGAACUUGGACAUUAUCCAAAUGUCCAUCUGUCAACAUGAGUGACUUAUGGCACAUCCAUUUAGUGGGAUACUAUGAAGCCAUUAAAGCAGUAAACUCGAUCUAUGAAUAUAUUGUGACUUGUACUCAUAUCCAAGAUUUUAUAGUAAGUUAUAAACUAAGAUGUGUGUAUGUAUAAGAUGUAUGUAUAGUAAGGAUACAUUUUUAAGCAAAUAGUUCAUGUGCAUAGUUUGUAGAGAUAAUUUUAAAACAAAUAUAGGAAAGAAAUAGGGAAUGUAUAUAUAACAAAUUGUAAACCUUCUGGAAGUGGGACUGGACAAGCUAAAAAGACACCUUCACCUGGUGAACAUUUUUAGAUGGUGUCAUUUGGAGUGGUUUUUACCUUUUUCAAUAUUUUUUAAAUUAAAAUAAUUUUUAAAUAUUCUUACAAACACUUGGCUUCCAGAAUAUUUGUCAGACCCACUCUGAGGAGUUCUGACUUUACUCAGGACAAACUUCUAUUCAUUUCUAUAUUGCUCACCUGAUUAACGCUCCAAUUUUUGAUAGCGUUUAGAGGAUGAGAAGUGAAGGACCCUGGUUACAGCCUCUUGCACAUGUUACCCAGGGAUGUACUUCUCAGCCAGGCUUCCCAGAAGGGACUCCUUCCUCUUAGGUGGAAAACCUUACCUCCUCCUUACUAGACCUACAGACCACUUUAAAAUGGAGAAAAAUAAAAUCGAGGAUACCUUUCAACUGGUGCAGAGAUACAGAAACUUGUGUAUCCAGACAACGAAAUUCUACUCAGCAAUAAAAACUAAGGAACCAUAUAUGCAACAACUUGGAUAAAUCUUAAAUGUAAUUUGCUAAGUAGAAGAAGCCAGACUCAAAUGGCUGCUUACUGUUAUAUUUCAUGUGUGUGUUCUGGAAAGGGUGAAGCAAUAAGGCAGAAAAACCAGUACAUACCAAGUGUUGGCACAAGGGAUUUUUUUUAAUAAUGGGAACAUUAUGUUGUUUAUAGUUACAAUGUGUAUGUGUUGGUUUAAACUCAGAGAAUUAUACACCAAAAGAAUGAAUUUUAAUGUGUGAAUUUUUUAAAAAAAUAAAAGUAAUUUUAUUGAAACAAAGAUUUGGAAAGAAUCAUUUCCAUUAA